ACCCACCGCAAGCGUCAAUCUCCUCUCCCCACUCCUCGCACUGGGGCGGUCGGUUGGUUAUUCGCUUCUCCUCCGAUGCUCCCUUCCGUCCGCGGCACCACCAAACUCUCGUAUCCAAUCCAUAUGUCCAAUUAACCCUCCUCCUUGGCAAAAAAAACGGGGAAAUCUCCCAACUUUAACAAGAAAUGAAUUUUUCCCGGAAAGCAAAAUCCGCCCUUUCCUCUCUCCUCUCCCGUUAUCGAAAUCCUCUUCCCAAUUCCCCAUCCCCGCGAUCCAAUGGAUUUCGACACUCUCCCCCUCCACCUUAUCCCUCCGCCCCCUUCUCCCGAAUCUUCCGCCCCGCCGCCCCCACCGGUGCGGGCGCCGGCGCCGGGAGGUGGCGGCGGUGCUACUAUUACUACGUGGACAACCGCCCACUCCAGCACUUCCGCCGCCGCGGCGGGCCCCGCUGGUACCAGAACCCUCGCGCCGUGCUCCUCGUCGCCAUCGUCGGCGGCGGCGCCGCCAUCACCGUCUACUACGGCAACCUCGAGACAGUCCCCUACACAAAGCGCACGCACUUCAUCCUCCUCUCCCCCUCCCUCGAGCGCCAGCUCGGCGAGUCCCAGUUCGAGCAACUAAAGGCCGCCCUCCGCGGCAAGAUCCUCCCCGCCCUCCACCCCGACAGCGUCCGCGUACGCCUCAUCGCCAAGGAGAUCAUCGACGCCCUCCAGCGCGGCCUCCGCCACGACGAGCGCCGCUGGAGCGACAUGGAGUACGCUUCCGAGUUCCCCGCCGCCGCCGUCUUUGCCACCCCCGAGCGCUCCCGGGACACUCUUCUAGCAUUGAGCCGUGAUGAAGAGAAAAUUGAAGAAAAAUGGAGCCGGAAAGAUGAGAUUCUUGACGACAAAUGGAUCCACCAGAGCCGGAAGGAGGGCGAGGCUCGCAGGACCGCGGUCAAGCACUUGGAAGGAUUGAAUUGGGAGAUCCUGGUUGUGAGGGACAGCACCGUCAAUGCCUUCUGCCUUCCAGGCGGCAAGAUUGUCGUGUUCACGGGGUUGCUCGACCAUUUCAGGACCGAUGCUGAGAUCGCCACGGUCAUCGGUCAUGAGGUUGGCCAUUGUGUUGCUCGGCAUGUUGCAGAAAUGAUCUCAAAGAAUUUGUGGUUUACUUUAUUGCAGUUGAUUCUUUUGCAAUUCUUGGCGAUGCCCGAUCUUAUCAGUGCAAUGUCAAAUCUUGUCCUCAGGCUUCCUCACUCAAGGCGGAUGGAAAUGGAGGCAGAUUAUAUAGGUCUCUUGCUACUUGCUGCAGCUGGAUAUGACCCCCGUGUGGCCCCAAAGGUCUAUGAGAAACUGGGACAGAUUGGGGGAGAUUCAGCACUAAGAGACUAUCUCUCCACUCAUCCAUCUGGCAAGAAAAGAGCACAAUUGUUAUCUCAAGCUCAGGUCAUGGAAGAAGCACUGGCCAUAUAUAGAGAAUCUACUGGUGGUUAUGGGGUAGGAGGCUUCCUCUAAGCACUAGUGCUCUCGUUUUAGGUGCAGUUUUUGUAGGACAAACCAUGCCCGUCUGGCCUGAGCAUGGGUGGGAGCUUUGGUUGGAUCAAAGAACAGAUCACCUGUUUCUCCUGUUCAUCAGGUUGCUGUCUAGUUUCCAGUUGUAAACAUGUAGUUGGAAAAAUCAGAAUAAGCAGUUGAUUCGCUUGGCAAUAAUAUGGAACAACCCUCACCCAGAACUUCUUGGCUGAGUAUGUUCUCCAGCGCAAAAACAUGGUAAUGAUGAAAAUCUGCAAGCAAUUUCUGUCAACUAUCUAAAUAGGAGCACUUCUAGCUCCUGAGGGCGAGUCAAGAGAUUGCAAGCUGUCUUCAGGUUCUCCUUUUUUUUUUAAUAUAUUUUUUGUUUUGUCUAUGCAUGGCUGGUGCUAGGAGAGUUGUUGGAUUCUGUCCUUAGAACUAACUUCUGGGGGUGAUAAUAGCUUCAUUAAUGGAGGCGCACACAUACAUCUCCAUCUGCGUCUGUAGGAGAAAGAGAAAAAUUAAUGGUGUCUGUGUUGCUGUAAGUGAAAGAGAAAGAUUAAUGGUUUCAUUUGCUUGUGAUGAAAUCCAAUAAUGUAUUCUUGGAUGAAUUCUGGUGUAAAGAGUUCUGAUCUUAAUGACUAGUUUGCGCUUCUGCUGUGUUGACUGGUUA